UUUAGGACUUGUGAGCUUGUCUGGGCCACUAGCAAAUUCUUCCCAGGCUAGACACCCAGGCUAAGCAAUUGGUUCCGAACCCGGAGGAACCCAGGGCCAGGCGACGCCGGGUCACGUGGCUGACUGCCUACAUGACGUGCGGGCUGCUGAGCGUCACCGUGACGUUCAGGCGACCUUCGAAGUGGCCAGGUUACCUCCGUCACCUGUGUUGGGGUGCUGUCAUGGACCUGGGACCGAUGCGCAAGAGUUACCGCGGGGACCGAGAGGCAUUUGAGGAGGCUCAUCUGACCUCUCUGGACCCCAUGAAGCAGUUUGCUUCCUGGUUUGAGGAGGCUGUUCAGUGUCCAGACAUAGGGGAAGCCAAUGCUAUGUGUUUGGCUACCUGCACCAGAGAUGGAAAACCCUCUGCCCGCAUGCUGCUGCUGAAGGGCUUUGGCAAGGAUGGCUUCCGCUUCUUCACUAACUACGAGAGCCGGAAGGGAAAAGAGCUGGACUCUAAUCCCUUUGCCUCUCUCGUCUUCUACUGGGAGCCCCUGAACCGGCAGGUGCGUGUGGAGGGUCCUGUGAAGAAGCUGCCCGAGAAGGAGGCUGAGAACUACUUCCAUUCCCGCCCCAAGAGCAGCCAGAUUGGGGCUGUGGUCAGUCGCCAAAGUUCUGUGAUCCCCGAUCGGGAGUACCUGAGAAAGAAAAAUGAAGAACUGGAGCAACGCUACCAGGAACAAGAGGUGCCUAAACCAGAAUACUGGGGUGGCUACAUCCUGUACCCGCAGGUGAUAGAGUUCUGGCAAGGCCAAACCAACCGCCUGCACGACCGCAUUGUGUUCCGCCGAGGCCUGUCAACAGGAGACUCCCCUCUGGGACCCAUGACCCACCAAGGGGAGGAAGACUGGGUAUAUGAGAGACUUGCACCUUGACUCUGGACUCAGAAUGUUGGGGUAUCAUCAGCUGAAAGAGAGUGGGGGAGGGCUGCUAAGAGAGGGUGAAGGACUGGGAGCGGGGUCUACCUUUCUCUGUGUGUGAGGGGGCACUUGGGUUUAAACCUAGGACCUUGCUCAUGCUAGGCAACACUCUACCACUGAACUAGAGUCCCAGUAUUUUUUCUUAACCUUUUAUUUUGGGACUAAGUUGCCUAGGCUGGCCUUGAACUCCCUGUGUCUGUAUGCCAGACAACCCUCGACCUUGAGUUCU